AACCACAAUCAGUCGAAUUAAAGUGACACUUUGCUGUCUGCCUUAUUUCUCUCUCUUUCUUCCACUCAUCCUUCCAGAUCUCUCUUUCUCCACUCUCCUAGAAUUGGCUUUUGACUUGGGAGUUGGGAGAUCAACGCUACGCUUUCUUUCUUCCCAGUUUCUUCUUCUCCUCUCAUCCUUGCACACACCUUCAGGGUUGAUGAAUCAACGAGCUACGAUUGAACACUUGAUGUUCUCAACUGUUUAAUUUCUCAAGUUUAAGAUCGGUUCUGCUAAUUCUCAAUGUCUAGAACAGGACGAGUCCAAGAGAGCGCCUCCUCUUCCGCUCUUCGGAGCCGCUACCACGUCUUCUUGAGCUUCAGAGGCGAGGACACGCGCCGGACGUUCGUCGACCACCUCUACACCGCUCUCGCCAACGCCGGACUUCGCACCUUCCGAGACGACGAUGGGGUGGAGAGAGGAGAAAGCAUCGACCUGGAGCUGCACAGGGCAAUUGAAGAGUCUAGGGUUUCAAUUGUCGUCUUCUCCAGGAACUAUGCUUCUUCCAGCUGGUGCCUCGAUGAGCUCGUGAUGAUCGUCGGAAAACGGAGGAGGGAGGAUUCCCGCCACGUGGUUUUGCCGGUGUUUUACGACGUGGAUCCAUCCGAGGUUAGGAAACAAAGAGGGGAUUAUGCGGAGGCAUUUGCGAGGCAUGAAGAGCGAUUCGAGGGUGAAUCAAAUGACUGGAAGGAGAAACUGAGGGGUUGGAGGGAAGCACUCGAGGAAGCUGCUAAGAUAGCAGGCAUGGUUCUACAAAAUCAAGCCAAUGGGCACCAGUCAAAGUUUAUUGAGAAAAUCGUCAAGGUUGUUGAAGACAAGCUAAGGCGAAGAGUCUUGAAUGUUUCCCCAUAUCCCAUUGGACUUCAUUCUCGUGCCAAACGCCUUCAUUUGUGGUUACAAGAUGAAGGGAGUGAUGUUGGAAUUGUCGCCAUUUGUGGGAUGGGUGGGAUUGGGAAGACAACCAUUGCCAAAUUUGUAUACAACUUAAACUUCUCAAACUUUGAAGGUAGCAGCUUCUUGGCAGAUAUAAGAGAAGUUUCUAAACAACAAAAUGGCCUAAUACGAUUACAAAGACAACUUCUUUUGGAUAUUGUAAAUGGAAGAAAGGAAAAAAUAAACAACGUUGAUGAAGGGAUUAUUAAAAUUAAAGAAGUUGUAGGUUCUAAAAGAGUUCUUAUAAUUCUUGAUGAUGUGGAUAAACGAGAUCAAUUGCAUGCGAUCCUUGGGAUGCUGGAUUGGCUUUCUCUAGGUAGUAAAAUAAUCAUAACCACUAGACAUGAGCGUUUGCUAAAAACUCAUGAAUGUUGCAAAGUACACAGGGUUGAGUUCUUGGAUCACGAUGAAUCCUUAGAGCUUUUCAGUUGGCAUGCCUUUGGACAAAACAAUCCCAGAGAUGAUUAUUUGGUAGAAUCAAAUAAGGCAGUAGCAUACUGCAGAGGGCUUCCAUUAGCCAUUAAAACCUUGGGUUGUUCUCUAUCUGGGAAAAGCAGAGAUGUGUGGAAAAGUCAACUGCAAAAAAUAAAAGAAAUUCCUGAUAGUGAUAUCCUUGAAAAACUCAAACUAAGUUACAACUCUUUGCAAGAUGAUCACGACAAAGAUUUAUUCCUUGAUAUUGCUUGCUUCUUUGUUGGAAAUGACAAAGACUCCACAGUCACAAUCCUAGAUGGAUGUGAUUACUACGCAUUGGUUGGAAUCGAAAAUCUCAUCGACAGGAAUCUCUUAACAGUUGAUAUGCACAACAAGCUCGUGAUGCAUCAAAUGAUUCAAGAAAUGGGAAGGGAAAUUGUUAGGCAAGAAUCACCUAAGGUGUUGGGAGAGCGUAGCAGGCUUUGGAAUCACAAGGAUUCAUUUCAUGUCUUGAGAGAAAAAACUGGCACCAAAAAAAUCACGGGCCUCGCUCUUGAUAUGCAUUUCUUGAAAGAAGAUAAAUCUGGAGGGAACAACUUUGGGCACCUUAAAGAAAGCAGUUCCAAAAAGCGCAAGAGAUGUCAAUUUGAAAUCUUCUCCAGUCUUCUUAAGGGCACUGCUAACAAAACUUUGAAUGAAAUAGUUUUGGAAGUUGAUGCAUUUGCAGGGAUGUCCAACCUACAACUUCUACAAAUUAGUGAUGUACAACUCUGUGGCAACCAUAAAAAUUUUCCAAAAGAAUUACGAUGGUUGUAUUGGUCUCACUGUUCUUUACAAUCAGCACCUAAUGAUUUCCCUUUUGACAAGCUGGUCUCUCUUCAGAUGCCUUAUAGUUCCUUGAAAAAUGUUUUCAAUGGAGCCAAGUGCCUUCUCCUAUUGAAAAUCCUUGAUCUAAGUCAUUCCCAUAACCUUUAUGAGAUUCUUGAUUUCUCAAUGCUACCCAAUCUCGAGAGACUUGUACUUGAAAAUUGUACAAGGUUGGUUAAGGUUGAUGAAUCAAUCGGACUCUUACAAAGACUUGUUUUCUUAAACUUAAGGGACUGUCAAAAUUUGAAGAAGCUUCCGAAAACCAUUUGUAAGCUAAAAUCCCUGGCAGCACUUGACAUUUCUGGUUGCUUAAAUCUUGAAGAACUUCCAACAGAGCUGGGGAAUAUGGAUUCUCUGACAGUGCUUCUUGUGGAUGGAACAACAAUAAAUCAAUACUCAAUCACUCUGGAGGUCAAAGCAUGGAAUUUCUCUGUGUGGCCUUGGUCGUUGAAUUUAAGACCAGAUCCAAAAAUUUCAUGGGUUUCUUUUCCCCAGUAUUUGGUAUAUUUAAGUCUUGCAAAUUGCAAUUUAUUUGAUGACACUUUCCCCAGGGAAUUUGGAAACUUAUCUUCAUUGCAGAUACUAAAUCUGAGCAUGAAUCCAAUUUGUAGCCUCCCCAAUUGCGUUAAGGAUCUUCCUAUUCUCCGGGUUCUGUGGUUAGAGUUAUGCCCAAGGCUUCAGUCACUUAAUGGGCUGCGACAAAAUAUAAAAACACUAUGUACCAAUGGAUGCAAAUUGUUGAAAAAAAUAAGUUUUGAAUCAUUGGCCUCCAAGCGAAGCUCAUUGCAUCGUGGUUGUAUUAAUCUAGUUGAGAAUGUGGGCAAAUUCAAGUUAGAGCCCUUAGAAAGUGUUGGUGCAGAGCUAAUAAAUAAUUUGGGCUUAUGUGACUUUGAAGCCAUGCAUAAACCUGUACGACUUGUUUCACCGUUCGGUUCGAUGAUGCUUCCACCCCAGGGAUUGCACGAAUGUCAUACAUUUUACACUUACCUGCGGGGAAGCAAUGUUCCUAUGAAGUUCAUUCUUAAGAACGUAGGAUCCUCAAUAUCUUUUACUAUACCUUCUGAUGUUAAUUUCAGAAUUCAAGGCUUGUCUGUGUGUUACGUUUAUGCCCUUUCCUGUACUUUCAGUCCUUAUGCUCCACAUUCUUUUCCGAGGAAAUGGUAUCCAUACCUAAUUAACAGUACUUGGGACCCACACGUAAUUAUUAGUAAUGCAACCAGGUAUUUGAAAUGGAGCUAUUGUCCACGUUUCUUUGGCAUUCCUAGAGCUGAUGAGGACUUGUCGUGCUUAAGUUAUUGGAAGUUUGAGGAUUUGGUUGAAGGUGGUGAUGAACUGAAUGUUUCGAUUAUUACAAGUCCAAAUUUGCAUGUGAAGGAGGUUGGUGUCCAUCUUGUGUACGAGGAGGCACAAGAAAAGAAGAACACCCAAUGUACCAGUUUAGAAGUUUCCCAACAAAUCCAUCCCUAUGGAAAGGUAGUCCCUGGUCUUUGUGAUGGUAAUUGCUUGAGGUGCCAAAAUUAUCCUGUGCCUGCAAAUCCUGCAAGCACUAGAGUCAUUCGUCUUGGAGUUCAUCGUAUAAAUUGCUCAGGUUGUCCUGAAGGUUAUUUGGUAAGCCACCAUGCGAGGAGGAACGUCCCUUCUGAAUCUCUAGAUGUGUAUUGUAAGAACUUAAUCCACAGAAAAUAAAUAGAGAAAAGAUAUUAUUUUCACCUUGAAUUUGUUUUGAUUCUGGCUUCAAUUCCAAGCAGCUCACAUAUAGAAUGUCAUUUGGUAA